AUGGGGAGCCCAGAGUUGCUGGCGGCCUCGGAAAUCUCAACCCACAAGACCAGUGAUGAUUGUUGGAUAGUGGUCGGAGGGAAUGUAUGGGAUGUCACCGACUUUGCACCCACCCACCCAGGAGGCGAAGCAAUAAUACUCAGAUACGGAGGGAGAGAUGCCACGGCGGCCUAUUCUGCGAUUCAUGCCCCCUCGAUCAUCAAGGAAGGGCUACCUCCAACAGCAUUUAAGGGAACACUGGACUUGAGCACUGUUACAGACUCAUGGUCCCGACCAUUGAAAGCAGAAUCGCCCCGAAGCACUCCCAGUGCCCUGUCAGAGAAACCAGCACUCGAGUCACGGAUCAACGCCGAUGAUUUCGAGUUAGCAGCGAAAGCAUAUGCUCCGGCGAAAACCUGGGCGUUCUACUCCUCUGCAGAUACAGACCUUGUAACUCUCACAGCAAACCGGACGCUAUACAGUCGCAUCUGGUUCCGGCCACGCAUUCUGCGGAAGGUGUCAGAAGUCUCCACCGCGACAUCCAUGUUGGGAGUGCCUUGUAUGAUGCCUCUUAUGGUCUCGCCGGCAGGAAUGGCUCGCCUCAUCCACCCACAAGGCGAACUCGCCCUGGCUGGCGGGUGCGCUGCGAAGAACAUCAUCCAAUGCAUAGCCACCACGGCUUCGUACUCGGCAACUGAAAUCGCCGCGGUUGCACCAGAGCAUUCGUUUUUCUUCCAACUCUACGUGGACCGCAAUCGUUCAAAGUCGGAAGCCCUUCUUCGCAAGCUUCAAGAAGCGGCGCCGAAUGUCAAGGCGGUUUUUAUAACAGUCGACGCCGCCGCCACAGGCAAGCGAGAGGCCGACGAGAGGCUCAAAGCUGAUGAGUCUUACUCGAGCCCCAUGAUCAAGAACAAAGCCAAGAAUGACCGCAGGGGUGGUGGCAUCGCUCGGAUCAUGGGUAACUUCAUCGACCCUGCGUUGAGUUGGGACGACGUUGCGUGGGCGCGCCGUGCUACACACCUACCCUUGCUUCUCAAAGGCGUCAUGUGCGCUGACGAUGUCAAAAUGGCGUUCGAGCAUGGCUUGGAUGGUGUACUUCUCUCCAACCACGGAGGCCGCAAUCUCGACACUUCGCCGCCAGCCAUUCUCGUUCUUUUGGAGUGCCAUCGUCGCAUUCCAGAAAUAUUCAGCGCCAAAACCCCCCGCGGGAACAAGUUUGAGAUCCAUAUCGACGGCGGCAUCCGUCGGGGAACCGACAUCCUGAAAUGCCUCUGUCUCGGUGCAACGGCGGUCGGAAUGGGGAGGAGUUUUCUCUUCGCCACAGGCUACGGACAGGAGGGCGUAGAACAUUUGAUUGAUAUCCUGGAAGAUGAAUUAAAGGUAGCAAUGGCGAAUGUGGGAAUCUCAAGUUUAGCUGAGGUGGGACCUCAUCUCGUCAACACCGGUGAUAUUGAUCAUUUGAUCCCCCAGAGCGCGUCACAUCCUUAUGCGCAGGAUUUCAGGAAGUCCAAGCUAUAG